UUCCCCCCCUCGCGCGCGGCUCCCUGUCACAGCGCUCGUCUGCCGCGGCUCCGCGUCGCUCUCCCGUCCGUCACACGCACCGCUGUCCGUGCCCAGAAGGAUGACCGAAGGCUCGGUGAACAAGCCGGCGAACGGGGAAGGCUGCCACCGCCCGGCCAACGGGGUUAAGCCGGGGAGGAACGGCUGCGUCCGGGGCCACUACGUCUACCAGCAGGCGCCGCCGCCCAAGCACGGCUACCCCGAGGACAAGGUUCAUCACAUUGCGUGCAAUGGGGGGCUGUACAAGAGGCCGUUCAAUGAAUCGUUCGAAGAAACUCCGAUGCUGGUUGCUGUUCUCACCUACAUGGGUUAUGGCAUUCUCACGCUCUUCGGGUAUCUGCGGGAUUUUAUGAGGGAAUGGAAGAUCGAGAAAUGCCAUAUCGCCAGAGAAAGGGAGGAGCAAAAGGAUUUUGUUCCACUUUAUCAGGACUUUGAAAACUUCUACACAAGAAACUUGUACAUGAGGAUUCGAGACAGCUGGAACAGGCCUAUAUGCAGUGUUCCUGGGGCAAAGUUUGACCUUGUGGAGAGGGUGUCCCAUGACUACAAUUGGACAUUUAAGUACACAGGAAAAGUUGUCAAAGGUGUAAUUAACAUGGGGUCUUACAAUUAUUUGGGAUUUGCUGAAAAUACUGGAAUCUGCGCUGAUGCCGCUGCAGAAAUCUCUAAGAAAUAUGGAGCUGGAGUGGCCAGCACCAGGCAGGAGAUGGGUAAUCUGGACAGUCACGAAAAGCUGGAGAAAUUAGUGGCGAGGUUUCUGGGGGUCGAAGCUGCCAUGGCCUUUGGCAUGGGCUUUGCUACAAACUCAAUGAACAUCCCUGCUCUUGCUGGAAAGGGUUGCCUGAUUCUGAGUGAUGAGCUGAACCAUGCGUCGCUGGUUCUGGGAGCCAGAUUAUCGGGUUCCACUAUCCGAGUAUUCAAACAUAACAAUAUGCAAAGUUUGGAGAAACUUCUGAGGGAUGCCAUUGUUCAUGGACAGCCCCGGACUCACAGACCGUGGAAGAAGAUUCUAAUUUUGGUUGAAGGAAUUUACAGCAUGGAAGGCUCCAUUGUGCGCUUGCCAGAGGUGAUUGCUCUGAAGAAGAAGUACAAGGCCUACCUGUAUCUUGACGAGGCCCACAGUAUUGGAGCACUGGGACCUUCGGGAAGAGGCGUGGUGGAAUAUUUUGGAUUGGACCCUACAGAUGUUGACAUCAUGAUGGGAACUUUCACAAAGAGUUUCGGGGCAGCGGGAGGAUACAUUGGCGGAAGAAAGGAGCUCAUAGACUAUCUCCGCACGCAUUCUCACAGCGCGGUGUACGCCACGUCGAUGUCUCCGCCCGUGGUGGAGCAGAUCAUCACUUCCAUGAAGUGCAUAAUGGGAGAAGAUGGAACUACGAUCGGCUUGGAACGUGUUCAGCAGCUUGCAGAAAACACUAGAUACUUUCGGAGAAAACUAAGGGAGAUGGGAUUCAUUAUAUACGGAAAUGAUGACUCGCCCGUAGUGCCCAUGAUGCUCUAUAUGCCUGCAAAAAUUGGCGCAUUCGGAAGAGAAAUGCUGAAGAGAAACAUUGGAGUGGUUGUCGUUGGCUUUCCAGCCACACCAAUCAUUGAAUCCAGGGCCAGAUUUUGUGUAUCUGCUGCUCACACCAAAGAAAUGCUCGAUACAGCUUUAAAUGUGAUCAGCGAAGUAGGAGAUCUACUGCAACUGAAGUAUUCCCGGCACAGACCAGUCCCUUUAUUGGAUCGACCCUUUGAUGAGACCACAUAUGAAGAAAACGAAGACUGAUUGUUUUCCAUGUUAACCAAAUGUGCACUGCAAGUCUGAGGCAUUCAGUGAAAAGUCACAGAACCACUUAGUAUACACUUUUUAAAAUUAUUUUAAUACAUUGAGCUAAUGAUGGCAGAGCAGUGUAAAAAAUGAAAAAGGUUUUAUCUUUUUCAUUUCAAGUGUAAUUUUGUUCUUAACUUAUUAUGGUAUUUGUGUUUGAAAUCUUUUUUUUAAGGCUCUGCAAACACCGAGAUUGGUCAGUCUGUCUUCAGCUUGUGCGUCUAUAUGUUCCAAAUCUGUUAAGCUUAUCGCCUGCAGUUUUCUGUGCAAUAUAAACAUUUUCGAACCUCUUUGAUGGAUAAAUUUUUAAAAAAGC